UCUGUCUCUCUGUCUCUCUCUCUAUCUCUGUCAGAGACUACGACAACUACUACUACAAUAACCAGAGGCCCCUACGACAACUACUAGUACAAUAACCAGAGGCCCCAAUUUCCCACUCACUCACGUUCUCUCAGAAUCUUCUCACCGGAGUCACCCACAAAUCUUAUAUUUUUCUUCCCUCUCCGUUUCUUACUACUUUCCGAUUCCCUCCGCAACUCCGCAGCACCGCUAUUAACGUCUUCAUCAGAAGAAGCAUGUGCCUGAUAGACGCAGAACAGCUCGGUCAAGAAAUGGGCAACAGGGAGAAUAACAAGAACAUCGAUUCCAACGACAAUGACAACGAGCAGUGGUCUCUGCAAGUCGACCGGAAGGAGGAGAAUUCGGACCGGGAAACUCCUGCUGUGGUGAGCUCAAGUACCCAGAAAAACAUGCUCAAUUCGUUUCAACUUGAAAGCAUAGGUGAGGAUACAGUGGUUGCAGACAGAAAGCAAAGCCUGUUCAACUUUGUUCCUGCCCUCAGGUCAGGAGAGUGGUCUGAUAUUGGGGGUCGAACCCAUAUGGAGGAUACUCAUUUAUGCAUUGGUGACUUAGCUAAGAAGUUUGGUUAUAAUCUACUCAGUGAGGAAGCUAUCUCUUUCUAUGGCGUAUUUGAUGGUCACGGAGGAAAGGAUGCAGCACACUUUGUUCGUGACAAUUUACCAAGAGUCAUUGUUGAGGAUGCUGACUUUCCUUUAGAACUUGAAAAGGUGAUAACAAGGUCAUUUAUGGAGACAGAUGCUGCGUUUGCAAACAAGUGUUCUCGUGAGGCUUCCCUUGCUUCCGGCACAACAGCACUCACUGCAAUGAUAUUUGGGAGGUCUUUGCUUGUGGCAAAUGCCGGAGAUUGCCGGGCUGUAUUAUCACGAUGUGGAGUGGCUAUAGAAAUGUCGAAGGAUCAUAGGCCCUGUUGCACAAAAGAAAGAAUGCGUAUUGAGUCCUUGGGUGGAUAUAUUGAUGAUGGGUAUCUAAAUGGUCAGUUAGGCGUAACCCGUGCAUUAGGUAAUUGGCAUCUUGAAGGAAUGAAGGAUGCGGGUGAAAGGGGCGGACCCUUGAGCGCUAAACCAGAACUUAAACUGAUGACACUGAGCAAAGACGAUGAGUUUUUGAUCAUUGGCACUGAUGGGAUAUGGGAGAUGUUCACCAGCCAAAACGCUGUUGAUUUCGCUCGAAGGAGACUGCAAGAGCACAAUGAUGUGAAGUUGUGCUGCAAGCAAAUAGUAGAGGAGGCAAUAAAGCGGGGAGCAACAGACAAUUUGACGCUUGUUAUGGUGAGUUUCCACUUGGAGCCACCCCCACAUGUGCUGGUAGAGAGACCUAGAUUCAGACGAAGCAUUUCUGCCGAGGGACUUCAGAAUCUCAGAUUCUUCUUAGAUGGAUAGAAUUACUCUAUUAUCUGUCAAUAAUUCCCUGAUGGGCAACCGGUCAGCAAUAAUACAGCCAAUGGACCGGAGUUUGCCUCGUGUAAAUGCAUUCAUCCAGAAACGGACUGCCAAUUCGCUUCCCUUUAUGUCCGGUGCACCAAUCUGUUCCAGAGAUGAAGGAUGCAGAAGAUGUUCGUAUUAUCAAGUUUUGGAAUAAAUACUUGUACCGUAUUGGCAGACAAAAGAAUUAGAAGGCUUCGCGUUGUAUAUCUGAGGUAAUCAGGCUGGUCGGAUAUACGGGGAGAUUGUCCGUUAUUGUACCUUAGAUGAUUAAGGCAUGUGCACAUAAUUCUUAUUCUGCAAAAUUUGCAAUCCUUAUUAUUGGUAUACGAAGGAAAGUAUGUAAUUAUAUACUUUAAAAGAAAAGUUCGUAACAUUCUUCAAA